AGCCGAUAGCUGAAGGGCCGUAGAACUGUCUUCCGCUAUGGCAGCCGACUCACAGAUCCUGUUACAGCCUACAGAAGAGGCGCAGCAGCAUCGCAAGUCACGAAGCAAUGCCACAGACCCUUCAAAUAGCUCGACACCCUCCACGCGUGCGCAUCAUGCGUACAAUUGGCGCGUCACGGGUAAGCAAGGAGGUUGCUUUAGUCAUCUCUCUCCACUCUUCUCUAGCUGUGGCAAGUUUUUAUUCUUGACGGUGGGUUGUGAAGCGCGUGUGCAUAGUACUGCUACGGGUGAUUUACUUCAACCAUUGCUACCCGAGGCGACGACGCGUCCUAUUGUCUCGCUCUUUCUCGAUCCAAGCAAUGCGUAUCGAUUAGCUGGAGUCUAUCAAGAUGGUUCUAUCUCGGUCUGGGACUAUACAGAUGGUGCGCUGCUCAAGCAGUUGCACCUCACCGACCAACGGACUGUCGUCGCUGCGACGCUGAAUGGUUCACUUUUGCUAGUCAGCGAUGGCAAGCAUGUCUUUUCAGCUGAAUGGUCGACCAAGACGGCUACCUUGCCAACAACACAGGUAGCAGAUAUGAAAGCCUGUCUCGGUCUUUCCAGUGCCCCCGGACUCUGCUUCGCGUGGGGCGACAACAAAGUCAACGUCUUCCCUAUACAAAAGGAAAAACUAGGACAAUACGAACAGUACGUAUUGGCAAGCCCAGCGACUGCAUUUGCAGCAGACGCAACACAUUUCGCAGUGUCAGAUGACGCUGGUGCGAUCUAUCUCUACCACCACGCUGCACGGAAUCUUGCUUUGCCACCACGAAAAUUGCAUUGGCACGCACAAGCCUGUACGACUCUUCAAUUCGCGUUGGAUGGCGCAUACUUGUUGUCUGGUGGACAUGAAGGUGUGUUGGUGCUUUGGCAACUCGCUACUUCUGGGAAACAAUUCUUGCCACGCGUUGGCACAGCCAUUCGAGCGAUCGGUUAUGCCGUCAAGUUGGAGGAGAAUACCGUCAAGGUCCUCUCUGCAUCAACUUUACUCGCGACAUGCGAUAUCGCUGGUCCUAAACGCGCAAGUGUCAUGUGUUCACAUGGUGAAGAGGUCAUGAUGGCGGCUGGUGGACAAGUACAAACAUGGCACAGUCAAAUGGCAACAGCAACAGGUCUCCUCAAUGCAACGGCACAGUCAUUUGCCGGCGCUACACAAGUCGGUAAAGCGAGUAUCCCUGUUCCUGAGCCAGAAAUCACACACAUGGCAGUGUCGCCUGCGGAUUGCUGGACGACGCCGUUUGAAGAGGCUGCUGAUUUGGGAUACACUAAACCGCAUGAUCAAGUGAGUCUCAAAUUUUGGCAACGGCAUGCUGGUUCUUGGCGAUUAUCAACACGUGUGGAUGCGCCGCAUGGUGUUGCACGACUCACGACGAUUCAAGCACUCGGUGGUGAUGUGUUUGUCACUGCAGGUGAAGAUCAAGCUGUCAAGUUUUGGAACAAGAAUAGUGUGCGUUCAUCUGAUGAUGCAGCACAAGCGUACAAAUGCACGCGAGUUCUUCGAUUUGCACAACCGUCAUUGAUGCAUGAACGUGCACCUGCGCUACGAUUGGCCGUUUCUGGGGAUGCUUCAUUGCUAGCACUGUCGGGACCACCAGCACCGCAUACCACCGAUGCAUCCGUUCUUCUCGUUGACCCUGCAACACGACAGAUUUGCGCGACGCUCGCUGGGUUGGGACUUGGGACACUGCUUGAUCUUGGGUUUGCCGGGGAUUACUUGAUUUUGGUUGGACAAUACAGAUUGGUGUGUUGGUGCGUUGCAGCGUCUCAGGUGGUGUAUGCGUUGCGUUGGCCUGAACGGACAUUUCGAGCAACCUUGACGUGUCCUAUACCCACUCCAAUCUCUGAUGCAACGACAAAAGUGGCGCAUUUCUGUAUUGCAACGCAGGAAUCGAAGCAAGCGACCGGUGCGUCCCUCAAGACAAUCUCCGAGGGAUCCCAUAAACUCUUCAUUUUCGGGACGCAUGCAGCGAAACCUGUGUUUCGGGAGAAGUGUCCAUUCAAGACACUGGCAGUGGGUGCGUUGACGGAUGGGUUUGUUGUGUUGGAUGAAACGCUUGUGUUGAGACGUAUCGGUGCAGGUCCCGCAAAGGACGCUGACGUAGCCCUCACACAUGACUCCAGCGCAUUGACGGUCACUUCCGGCAUCAGCAAGGAUGGACAGGUGCGUGUAUUGACGUCACAGGCAGUCGAGACACUGAUGCCUGUUGCGACGGCGAAUGGUGCUGGUGCGUCGCUUGCAUCGCUUGAGCAGUGUAUGGCUGGUUUGGGUCUCUUCUUGCUGGGAGCACCGUCACCUGCUACAUCAUAGGUCUGUACGUACUGUCCAUCUAAUACAAAAGAUGCAAUGAUUUCCAACCG